CAUAAAUCCCCUCAUCAUCUCUUCCCCUGUAUAUAAAACCCCUCCAAAAGUCCCACAACCCCUUCAUUCCAAACUCCAUUAUUUUCUCUUCCCUUAACAACACAAAGGGGAUUUCAAAUGGGAAUGCCACUUUCUUUUCUUCUCCUUCUUACUCUAUUAUCUCCUAUUUUCACAUUCUCCUCUCAUGUUCCUGACCCUGAAGUUAUAGUCCAAGAAGUUAAUGAGAAAAUCAAUGCAUCAAGAAGGAACUUAGGCUAUUUAUCAUGUGGCACAGGCAAUCCUAUUGAUGAUUGUUGGAGAUGUGAUCCUAAUUGGGAAAAAAACAGACAAAGACUAGCUGAUUGUGCAAUUGGCUUUGGCAAACAAGCAAUUGGUGGUAAAGAUGGUAACAUCUACAUAGUUACUGACACUAGUGAUGAUCCAGUGAACCCAAAGCCAGGAACAUUAAGAUAUGGUGCAAUUCAAGAUGAACCACUUUGGAUUAUAUUUUCUAGAGAUAUGGUUAUUAAGUUAAAAGAAGAAUUAAUGUUGAAUUCAUUCAAGACAAUUGAUGGUAGAGGUGCUAGUGUACAUAUUGCUGGUGGUCCAUGUAUAACUAUACAAUAUGUUACAAAUAUUAUUAUACAUGGAUUAAAUAUUCAUGAUUGUAAACAAGGUGGAAAUGCUUAUGUUAGAGAUUCACCACAACAUUAUGGUUGGAGAACAAUAUCAGAUGGAGAUGGUGUUUCUAUAUUUGGUGGAAGUCAUGUUUGGGUUGAUCAUUGUUCUUUGUCAAAUUGUAAUGAUGGUUUGAUUGAUGCAAUUCGUGGUUCUACUGCCAUUACUAUUUCCAAUAAUUACAUGACACAUCACAACAAGGUAAUGCUUUUGGGACAUAGUGAUACAUUUACUAGAGACAAGAAUAUGCAAGUUACCAUUGCUUUUAAUCAUUUUGGAGAAGGGCUUGUGCAAAGGAUGCCAAGAUGUAGACAUGGAUAUUUCCAUGUGGUGAAUAAUGACUACACUCAUUGGGAGAUGUAUGCAAUUGGAGGAAGUGCUUCUCCAACAAUCAAUAGUCAAGGCAAUAGAUUCCUUGCUCCUAAUGAUGUCUUCAACAAGGAGGUGACAAAACAUGAGGAUGCAGCAGAAAGUGAAUGGAAGAAUUGGAAUUGGAGAUCAGAAGGUGAUUUAAUGCUUAAUGGAGCAUUUUUCAUAAGAUCUGGUGCUGGAGCUUCUUCUAGUUAUGCUAAAGCUUCAAGUUUAAGUGCAAGGCCAUCUACUUUGGUUAAUUCUAUUACAAUGAAUGCUGGUGCACUUGGUUGCAAAAAGGGGAAAAAAUGUUGAUUAAUAUAUAUAUGAUUAUUAAUAAUCUUAAUUAGCACUAUAUGUUCUCUUUUUCUUUCUUUUUUUAAGUGUAUUGUUGAGAAAUUGUGAAAUAUUAUAAUCUCUCAGUUAAUUUCCAUGUAGUAUGUAAAAAUGGGUUGAUGAGUUUGUAACUUGACUCCCCCUCUCAGUGUAAUGUUAAAGUGAUAAUCAAGGAUCAAGUGUGAAUACUACUACCACAUAA